GUCCCGUAUGAGCGAGCUGGACAAGUUAUAGUAUCGGUGACUGCGAGAUGUGAGAGGUAUAAGGCCAGGAUCCGAACACAUCACGAGAUAAAUUAUUUUCGAUUCAUUGACGAGUAUCUUUCCAGUUAUUUUCCAGAGAGAGAUCUUCGAGUACGUCCCAUCGCACGUUGUAAAAUUGUGACGGUCCUCGUGGCUCAGCUUUACCAAGUUCUUAAAGGUCACAGUGUUCCUCUUCAAGAUGAUGUUAAAGUGGCAGAUAAUGAAGUAGAAGAGUCGAGAGUCGAAGAAUCGGAAAAGUAUCGGCUGCCUAAGCAAGUCGAACCCAUGCAUUAUGACGUCAAAUUAAUACCGCAUAUCGUGGAGGAUAAUUUUACCACCAAUGGCGAGAUGAGUAUCGACGUCAAAGUGCGCGAACCGACGAACACCAUCGCGUUACACACCGUGGACAUCACGGUGGAUGAACCGUGGACCAACCUGAUGCGCAAGAGUGAAGAGGAGAACGCGGAUCCCGUACAAACCUACGUUCCCAAGCAACAUCAUUAUGACUCGGAGACGCAGAUCUUGACUAUACGAUUCGAGGAGCUGCUGGAUCUUGGAACUUACACGCUGCAUCUCAAGUUUGCCGGUAUACUCGCGGAUGAUGAUCGCGGAUUUUACAGGACUUUCUAUACCGACGACGACGGAAAUAAGGUGUGGCUGGCGAUGACGCAUUUCCAACCGGUCAGGGCACGACAGGCGUUCCCAUGCUGGGACGAACCCGCGAUAAAAGCGACCUUCAAAUUCUCCAUAAAGCACUACCCUAAUUACACGUCUUUGUCGAAUAUGCCGUCCAUGCGAACAAACGUCGACGAGAGCGAUGGUAAAGUGUGGACUCAUUUCGAGACCACGCCGCUGAUGUCCACCAACAUACUGGGAUUCGUGAUCGCCGAUUACGAUCACGUUUCUAAUCUCGAUGAUACCAUAAGGAUAUGGGCUCCCAAGAAACUUCUUCAGUAUGCCCCAUCUCGCCUCGAGAUCGCCGAGACGGCGAUGCGGGAGUUCGAGAAGUAUACCAACAGCUCCGUCCACGUGCCGAAGAUGGACCACGUCACCUCACCUCAUUAUACGAGCAGAGCCACUGAAAACUGGGGCAUGAUUGUUUACAAGGAUGCCGUAUUACUCUCAGAUGAGAGGAAAGGUCCGAUCUAUUCAAGGUUGAACAAUCUCUUAACGCUUACUCAUGAGUUGGCGCAUCAAUGGUUCGGGAAUCUCGUUAGUCCAGCUUGGUGGCAAUACCUUUGGUUGAGCGAGGGUACAUCGACGUACCUGAAGUAUCUCAUUGCUGACAAGUUGAUCAAAGACUGGCGGAUAAUGGAUUGCUUUGUGGUGGAUAAUGUUCAUUAUUUGUUCAAUCUAGAUUCCUACCCAUCUAGAUACCAACCCAGGCCAAUUAAUGUAAAUGUUACUAGUCAUCUGGAUAUUCACUAUGCACAAAGUUAUAGUAAUACAUAUAUGAAAAGUGCUAUCAUCCUGCACAUGAUAGCAAAUGUUUUAACACAGGACGUAUUUCGAAAUGGUCUAAUAAGAUACCUGGAAGCACAUGAAUACGGCAGCGUUACGCCAGACGAUUUAUGGAAAGCACUGCAGGAUGCUGUCGAUGAAUCGGACGUACCACAUGACGACUUUAAAGUGAAAGAAGUAAUGGAUACUUGGUUCGAACAGGCGGGAUAUCCCAUAGUGACCAUCGAACGGGAUUAUGCUACAGGCAAGAUCAAGGCGACGCAGAAAAAAUUUCAAUAUGAUCCAUUAGAAUUGAAUAUCACCAAUGCUGAGAGCGACGAAGCAUGGUGGAUCCCUAUAAAUUUUGCGACUCAAAGUAACUUGGACUUUUCGUCAACGCUGCCCACACAUUGGCUAAAACCGCAGGACGAGAAUUUAACGAUCGAAGGAGUGGACGUUAACGACUGGAUUAUUGUGAACAAACAAUUAACAGGUUUUUAUCUCGUAAAUUACGAUAUAACCAACUGGAAACGGAUCGCUGCUUUCCUCAAUUCCGACGAUUACGACAAGAUCGCACCUCUGAAUCGUGCACAAAUCAUUAACGACGCUUUCUAUAUGUUUAAGUCUAAACAGUUAGACAUUAUUACUUAUAUGGAAAUUGUUAAUUAUCUAUGGCGUGAAGAGGAUCCCGUCGUAUGGAAACCGGUCUUUACAUUUUUUGAUAACUUCGAUAACUUACAGCGGAUGUCCCCAAUCUUUAACCGAUAUAUCAUCGGUCUGAUGGAUAGAUUGCGUGAACAUAUCGGUUUGGAUGAUCAUCCUGAUGACAAUCCCUUGACUGAAUACGUUAGAGCCCAAUUUUUUAACUAUGCUUGUAUGUAUGGAGACCCGAUAUGUCGAGCUGCAGCUACUACUAAAUUACUUGCCUAUUUACAAGAUCCAGCCGCAAACAGACUCUUAUACGAUUCAAGAUAUUCGAUCAUCUGCUUUGGUUUGAUGACGGUGAAUGAGUCAGUCUGGAAUCAGGUUCAGCCAGUACUCAACAAGUCAGAUAAUAACUUCAUGGGUUGUUCGACAAAUCUGGACAUUCUGCAGAAGCAAUUAACUUUUAACGUUAGCAGUUGGUUCAGUGCCUUCAAUAUGUUUUCCCGCAUGCUGAAGGAUCCAUCAAAUGUAGACAAAGCAAUUGAUCUUUUCAUUAAUAACUUCGCCAAUAUUUCCAGACUUGAACCUAAUCCAGAUGUAAUGGAGUAUCACAUGACUAUUAUUCAGUUCAUUGACAAGUGUAACAACGAAGAUCAGCUACAGAAGAUGGAAGCAUUUGCUAAACAACACGGACUUAGGAUAAACAACGAUUUAACUAAGAGGAGAGAUAGAAUACCUAAAAUUAAAAAUACUUUAUCGGAAAUCCGUAACGCUUUCGAAAAGAAACAAUUUUCUGUCGCAAUGCACUUCGCAGACAAUACGUUAAGUACGGAUUAAAUCACGUUUAAUAAAUGUGUAUAAAUACAAAACUUUCGUAAUUAAUAUUAUUAUAUAUUAUACAAAAUAUUUUAUAUUAUACAACACGCAAACGUGUCUUUUGUAGCAAAUACAGAUUUUCUCUUACGUUAUCACUUGUAAAUUUAUGAAUAGGUACACAUUGCAAGUUGUAAUGUAAUUAAUAAUAAUAAUUGUUGAAAUUUGAUUAUUUCCCUUUACAAAUGUGCGAGAUAAGGUAUAAAUAAAUGUGUUCAGUAUUUCAAUAAACAAAA